AUGGGUAGUAUGAAGCUUCUCACCAGACUGCCGGUCCUCGGGUCUUUCGGUGCCUCCGGGGUGCCUUACAGAACCAGGAGUUGCAGCGGAGUGGCGUCUGCAGGUUUCACAGAUUACGCCUUCCUCAGGGACGCGCCUGAGCAUUUUAAUUUCGCGAGUGACGUGCUGGAUGAAUGGAGCCAAAAAGAAAAGGAUGGAAAGAGACCUUCCAAGCCGGCGCUGUGGUGGAUAAGUGGCAAAGGAGAGGAGGUGCGGUGGAGCUUCGAGGAGCUGGGAGUCUUAUCCAGGAAAGCCGCCAACGUGCUCUCCGGCCCUUGCGACCUGCACAAAGGAGACAGGGUCAUUGUCAUCCUGCCACGGACACCGGAGUGGUGGAUCGUAACCGUGGGCUGCAUGAGAGCAGGCAUCGUCUUUCUUCCUGCCACAGUCCUGUUGACUGCGAAAGACGUUCUGUAUAGGCUUCAAGCCUCCAAAGCCAAGAGUGUCGUCACGAAUGAUGCUUUGGCACCGCUGGUGGAUUCCGUCGUGUCCGACUGCCACUUCCUGAAAAGCCGGAUCCUGAUCUCCGGAAGCAGGAGAGAAGGAUGGCUGCAUUUCCACGACCUGCUCAAAGCCGCGUCUGACAAGCAUCAGCCUGUCAAAACAAGGGGCCGGGACCCGAUGACCAUCUAUUUCACCAGUGGCACCACAGGCUAUCCCAAAAUGGUGGAGCACUCCUGUUGCAGUCUCGGACUGGGACUGGCAGUUGCCGGAAGGGACUGGAUGGGACUGGAUCCUGAGGGGAUGAUGUGGGGUCUGUCCGAUACCGGCUGGGUAAAGUUUGUGUUUGGCAGCGUGUUCGCCUCUUGGACUCAGGGGUCCUGUGUCUUUGCUCACGGCAAGAUGCAGUUUGAGCCAACCACGGUUCUAAAUACUCUUGCCCAUUAUCCUGUAACAACCUUCUGUGGCACGCCGACUAUUUUUCGCAUGCUUCUGCAGCACAACGUGAGCAGCUACCACUUCAAGAGUCUGAAGUUCUGUCUAAGUGGUGGGGAGCCAAUGAACCCUGAAACGAUGGAAGAGUGGAAGGCCCAGACAGGACUGGACAUCCAGGAAGGCUACGGGCAGACGGAGACUACCAUGCUAUGUGCAACAUUGACUGGGAUGAAAGUCAAACCAGGUUUCAUGGGAAAGCCAAGCCCUCCUUUCGAUGUCCAGAUAAUCGACGAACACGGGAAUCGCCUGCCUUCUGGGGAAGAAGGAGACAUUGCAGUCAGGAUCAAACCUAACAGGCCCUUGGGUCUCUUCACCGGCUAUGUGGAUGACCCAGAGAAAACAGCCUCGACAGAACAUGGAGACUUCUACAUUACUGGAGACAGAGGACUGGCAGACGAAGAGGGAUAUAUCCGGUUUAUUGCCCGGGCUGACGACAUUAUCUUAUCUUCUGGGUAUCGCAUUGGACCAUUCGAAGUGGAAAACGCCCUGGCAGAGCACCCAGCCGUGGGAGACUCAGCUGUCGUCAGCAGUCCGGACCCCAUCAGAGGAGAGGUAGUGAAGGCGUUCAUCGUCCUGUCUCCUGCCUAUCAGUCACACGAUAAAGAGAAAUUAAUUCUGGAACUGCAGGAGCACGUCCGAAAAGUUACCGCUCCAUACAAAUACCCUCGGAAGAUAGAGUUUGUUCAACAACUACCCAAGACGAUCACUGGCAAAACCCAAAGGAAGCUGCUGAGGAAGAAAGAGUGGGGAAUGGCCUAA